GAAAAGAUCAUUUUCCUGUCAUUGAAACCUCUCUCUUCUUUUGAAUAGGUUCAUCAGUUGGUGGAACGUUGAGUCCUCAGAAUUCUUCUUCUAGCCCAGGUUCUCAGGGAAUAAUUAUGGGUCGUACGGAACAGUCAUCCGAGAAUAGUAACUUGAAAAGGCGGAGACAUCAGAGUGGUCAAGUUACGUCUGGAUCGAGGUAUCCUGAUCCGAUACCACCACCUUCCAUUGGCAGUCCUAAUUCCUUGGUUGGUCAGGCAACCUGGUUUGAUUUCAAAGGGAAUGUUGCCGCUGUAGCGACUACUUAUGCUCAUUUCUUGCCGGUGUAUAAUUUUCCCGUGUCCCCGGAACCAAGGGAUUACUACAAGGGGAUUGUGGAAGAGCCCGGGCAUGUAGCGAGCACUGAGGUUUUAUCGGAUCGUAACAAUUUGAUCUCCAGUGUAUCUGCCUUAGUUGUUGUGGCAAAGGAGAUGGUUGAAUUCGGCGACGAUUGCCCUUCCACCAAUGCCUUGGAGACAUGGAGGGAUAGUUUUGUUCUCCCGAGAUUGCUAAGGUUUAAUAUGGGUUGGAUUGAAGAGUUGUUCAAGGGGUUGGAAGAGAGAAGAGCGAGUCGAAAAUUGGUCUGGUGAGAUCACGCGUCUGAAAGAAGAGGUGAAAGCGGAGACCCAGAAGUUGAAGGAGCAGCAAAAGGAGCAGGUUCGGAUAACUGCUGAGGCGUCCAAAAUUGCUGCUGAGGUCGCAACAACCACGACGAAGUUGCAAUUGAAACAGAAGGAGUUAGCUGACAAGGAAGCCGAACUAGCUAGUUUUGAAUGAUUCUGUCGUAUUUGUGUUGUUGGAUUUGAGCUUGUUGUUACUUUGUUUUGGAUAUUAUUUUGCUUUGUUUU